UAAUGGGACAAAACAGGAUUAGAUAGAACGCCAUGUCUGAGCCGACACAACCCUUUAAGUCUGAACACAGAGAAAGGCAACUCUCCCGUGCGCACUACGCACUACCCACCAUUUCUUUUGGCUUCUUCUUUUCCUUUAUAUAAACCCCCCCUUCCAUUCCAUUCAUAAAUUUGAGAGAGAGAGAGAUCAUUUGUCAACGUCUUACUUCCCACUUUCGUUUACUCUUUUUUCCUUAUAUCAUAAAUUUCAGCCUGCAAACACGAAAUGGCGAAAGCAGAGCACAACAACGUGACGCUGGGGAUGGUGAGGGAUUCAUUGAUAAGGCAAGAAGACACCAUUGUUUACAGUCUGAUAGAGAGAGCAAGGUUCCCUUUGAACCCUCCCACCUACGACCCUUCCUACGCUUCCAUCCCUGGCUUCGGUGGAUCUUUGCUUGAGUUCUUCGUUAAACAAACAGAGGCCGUACAAGCUAAGGCUGGUAGAUAUGAUAAUCCUGAAGAGCAUCCAUUCUUCCCAGAUAAUCUACCACCCUCAUUGGUGCCACAUUACAAGUACCCUGAAGUUUUGCAUCCUGCAGCAAUGUCUAUUAACAUAAAUAAGCUCAUCUGGGACAUGUACUUCAACAAACUGCUACCAUCGUUUGUCUCUCCGGGCGAUGACGGAAACUAUGCUUUGACCGCUGCUCGUGAUCUCGAGUGUUUACAGGCUAUCUCUAGAAGAAUUCACUAUGGAAAACUUGUAGCUGAAGUGAAGUUCAGGGACGAACGGAAAGACUAUGAACCGGCAAUUCGUGCUCAGGAUAGAUUUACUCUGACAAAUUUGUUGACGUUUACAAACGUUGAAGAAGCGGUAAAGAAGAGAGUGGCGAAGAAGGCGAUGACAUUUGGCCAGGAAGUGAAGCUCGGUGAUGAUGGAGACAAGGGAAAGUACAAGGUUGAUCCAGCUAUUGUUUCUGGUCUGUAUGCAGAUUGGGUGAUUCCCUUAACAAAGGAAGUCGAAAUUGACUACCUCCUCCGUCGCCUCAAUUGAAACCAUAUUAAUAUCGGUUCUCGAUGUUACCCUCCGAAUAAAGAUCAUUCAUGUGACAAAACUGCUUUCUAAUUAAUAAAAGUAGUACUCUUUUGAUUAUGCUUUAAAAA